AAAGAAUUAGCACAGUUUGUUCACAUUUUUUCUUCUUAUCGGGUGUUGAAGCUGACAUUUUUUGCACCAUUUUUACCUUCUGCUUUAUGUGAAUUUUGGAAUGAUGAGCGCGUUGGCCAGAUGGAGCCCUGUGCGGAUGUAUUUGCUCUUCCUGCUGCUGGAGUGUUACUGGGAAGCCGUGUGCGGCCAGCUCUCUUAUUCGGUAGCGGAGGAGGUGAAUGUUGGGACCGUUAUGGGAAAUAUUGCGAAGGAUUUAAACCUAAACGUGCAGGAUUUGGAAUCCCGCAUGUUUCAGAUCGUUGCGGGAAGCAAGAGGAAAUACUUUGAGGUAAACCUGAAGACUGGUGUCCUCUAUGUGAAUGAGAGAAUAGAUCGAGAGGAACUGUGUGGAGAUGAAGCCAAAUGUUCACUCAAUGUAGAGGCAGUAAUUAAUAACCCAUUGAAAUUGUACCGGGUAGAAAUAAUAAUACUCGAUGUCAAUGACAAUUACCCAUUAUUUUCUAGUAGUAAAGAGGUGCUGAACAUAAGUGAGACGACACCAGUAGGAUCAAAAUUUCCUCUGCACCCAGCUGAUGAUGCAGACGUUGGUAAAAAUUCUGUAAAUUCAUAUAAGAUCAGCCAAAAUGAACACUUCUCUCUUGAGGUACAAAGAGGAGAAAGUGCGACCCCAGAAUUAGUGCUUCAGAGGCUUUUAGACCGAGAAAAACAGGCUGUGAUCACACUCACAUUGACUGCUAUUGAUGGAGGAACACCACCGAAAUCAGGCACAUUGACUAUUAUUGUGAAUGUGCUAGAUAGCAAUGACAAUACACCUGUAUUUAGUCAAACGCUCUACAAAGCUAGCGUAUAUGAGAAUAUCGAGAUUGGCACAUCAAUAAUAACCUUAAAUGCGACUGAUUUAGAUGCGGGUCAAAAUGGAAAAGUGUUAUAUUCUUUCAAUACUGGAGGAAGACAGAAACAAACUAAUAUGUUCUCUAUUGAUGAAAAAACAGGAACAGUAACAAAUAAGGAAAACAUUGACUUUGAAAAAGCAACUGCAUUUGAACUCCGAAUACGAGCCAGUGAUGGAGGGGCUUCUCCCUUAACCUCUCAUGCCAAAUUGUUGAUUGAAGUUUUGGAUGUCAAUGACAAUGAGCCUGAAAUUUCAGUGACAUCAUUAUUGAACACAGUGAAAGAAGAUGCAAGCAUUGGCACAGCGAUUGCAAUUGUCUCCGUUUUGGACAAAGACGGAGGUAAAAAUGGCUUGGUGCACUGUAAAAUAAAUAGUAAUGUGCCUUUCAAACUUGAGCCGAAUUAUAAGAACUGCUAUUCGUUGGUUGUUGGUGGUCCUCUUGACAGAGAGAACAUCCCAAUGUACAAUAUCAGCAUUACUGCAACCGAUGAAGGCCUUCCACCUCUGUCCAGCACCAGUAUUGUUAAUGUGCGCAUCUCAGAUGUUAAUGACAACAAGCCUCACUUCUCAGAGGCCCUCAUUAAUAUUUAUAUCAAAGAAAAUAGUUCACCAGGGGCAGUAAUACAUAAAGUGACUGCACUGGAUAGUGACAUUGAACAAAACGGGCAUGUGACUUACUCAUUUUUGCAAAGUAGUACAGACUCACUGCCAGUCACUACAAUGAUAAAUAUCAACUCAGAGAGCGGAGACAUUGUCAGUUUGCAAUCUUUUGACUACGAGAAGUUAAAGACAUUUCACUUCAAAGUUAAGGCCACAGACUCUGGUGUUCCUCCGCUCAGCAGCAGCCCUCAUUAA